AGCUUCCAGGUGACCCAUCCAUCAUCAUCGUCGUCGUCGUCAUCGUCAUCAAGCCCAAAUUCGGACAAAAAAGACACGUCUCCCUGGCCAUUUACAGAGAGCAGACUCAGUCUGCAAGGAUCUAGGAUUGAAACAGAAGGUGACCUACAUCCUUUCCACACAAUCUCCGUUUGUUCCUCUUUUUUCUAUUCAGUUUCAUCCAGGAAAGAGAGAGAACGUUUCAUCCCAUCAAACAAUAUGUCAGGCCUUGACGUUGAAGCUCUACUCGAGUCCACCGCCGCCCCCACACUGCAGGAUCGCGAUGAUCGCUCCAAAACUGAAAACGGUGACCGUCGGGACCGUGAGCACGAUCGCUCACGCGAAGGAGAUCGCAAGCGACGGGAUCGCAGCCGUGACCGACGUCGCUCCCGAGAUGCCGAUGGAGAUGAAGACAUGAAGAGCCCGAAAAGCGAACAUGGCAGUGCUAACGGAAGCCAUAGAAGUAGGAAGAGGAGCAGGAGCCGCGAAAGCGACCGCCGUCGGUCUCGCCGUGACCGCCACGGUGAUGAUUACCGCUCCGGUGGUGAUUUCUACCGUGGCGGUGGACGGGCGCGCACUAGAUCCCGUUCCCCUUAUGAUGACAGAUAUUACCGCCCCUCCGGAGGUCGGUCCCGCCGAGAGGAGAGGGACGACGAAAGGCGCCCUCGUCGUGAACGAGGAGAGGCCCGUCGACGAAGCGCCUCGAGAAGCCGAGAAAGAAGCCCAGAACUCAACGAAGAUGAACGUGAUAGACGUACCAUUUUUGUGCAACAACUUGCAGCACGUCUAAGAACAAAAGAGUUGAUUGCAUUCUUCGAAAAGGUCGGACCUGUCAAGGAAGCUCAGAUCGUCAAAGAUCGUGUGAGUGGAAGGUCUAAAGGUGUCGGUUAUGUCGAAUUCAAGAACGAAAGUUCCGUUGCGCCGGCUAUCCAGCUUACAGGACAGAAACUUCUAGGGAUUCCUAUUAUCGCACAGUUGACCGAAGCCGAAAAGAAUCGCCAGGCUCGCAACCCCGAAGCUAGCAGUGGCCAAAAUCACGCUGCUCCUUUUCACAGGCUGUAUGUGGGUAAUAUUCAUUUCAGUAUCACUGAGAGUGACCUCCAGAAUGUCUUUGAGCCAUUUGGCGAACUCGAAUUUGUUCAACUGCAGAAGGACGAGAACAGUAGAAGCAGGGGUUAUGGUUUUGUGCAGUUCCGCGACCCUAAUCAAGCUCGGGAAGCUUUGGAGAAGAUGAAUGGCUUCGAUCUUGCUGGUCGAGCUAUCCGCGUUGGCCUUGGCAACGAUAAGUUCACCCCUGAGUCGAACUCUCAACGUGCACAGAGCCAAGGUGCAAACCAACAUAAUUUCCAGGGCUCCAUGUUCUCAGGCCACGGGGGACGCGGUGUCCAGGCCGGUGGGACCAACAAUUUCGACCGUGCGGGAGGCCGCGACUCCGAGAAAGGAGCUGGUGCUAGUGCUCUAGAUGACACAGAUGUUGCCGGUGUGAACUUCAACAACUACAGUAGAGACGCAUUGAUGAGGAAGCUUGCCAGAACAGAUGAACCUUCCGAGCCUUCUGCCGAUGACAAGCCGCAGAAGAUACUCCAGCCCAAGACUGAAACCAAGCCACUGCCUGUGAAUGUCAACAUGGCGAGUCGAUGUGUGAUGCUCCGCAAUAUGUUUGAUCCCUCCGAGGAAGAGGGCGAAGUCUGGAUUAAAGAACUGGAGGAUGACGUCCGCGCUGAGUGCGAAGAAAAAUAUGGCCAUGUUGUUCACAUUGCACUAGAUCCCAAUUCCCAGGGCGAUAUCUACCUGAAGUUCGACCGAGUUCAAGGCGGCGAAAACGCCAUCAAGGGCCUAAACGGACGAUUUUUCGGUGGUCGACAAAUCACUGCCCAGCCUGUUGUCGAUGCUGUUUACAGCAGUCUGUUCUCGCGUACCAAGGCUAUCUAGUGCUUUCCUUCUCCCUGCAGCCACAUACUACAUCACCUAAGCCGUUACACCACCUACUACCACGACAUUCCAAUGAUGGUAGGUAUCUCAUCUAAUUUCUAUGUACCAGGUGCGACUUGUGGACAACAUAACCAACCACACACUCAAACUUGAACGUUAAACUCAUUUGGCCUCCGCAGAAUUCCGCAUUGUGCCUGGACUUGUAUGACCUUACCCCUGGUAGGUGCUAGUCUUUUUGACACCAUGCUUAUUUUUACGGUUUUUAUUUUAUCGAGCCUCGAAAGGCUCGAUGUGCAAUGAUUUGUU